AUGGUUAUAUCCUCAAAUGUAUACUAUCACCCGAGUUUUGUGAACCUCAGCGGUUACACUUUAGACUUGUUUCUCAUUCCUUUUGGCUUUAUGUUGGGUUGGUAUUUGGCAAUUGCAUUCUCUGAUAGUACAGUCAAGAUAUGGAAUGUAGAUGGUUUUACUUUGGAGAAAACACUAGUUGGGCACCAACGAUGGGUAUGGGAUUGGGUGUUUUCUAUGGUGCUUAUCUCAUUACAGGGCUUUGAUUUGGCUAGUUUGAGUGGCAAUUUUUUUCGAUUUUGCAAGCGUGAUUUGACAAAUUUCCAAAUCAAACAGUGCAGGAAUUCUUGCGUGCUAGUAGCCAAGGAUUCUUUCUGUGAGAUUCGGAAGUGCGACGUGAGUUUCCUCGCUGGGUUUAGCGGGUCGAAGGCACCAAUUCCUGCACAUGUUUUAUAUGUUGGGACGCUAGAUGCCUGUAUGACUCUUGCAUGUGUUUUGUGGUGGUGUGCUUACCCGGAAAGGCCCAAUGCCAGGCGAGGCCCGAUGCCGGGCGGGGCUCAAUCACUGUAUGGUAUGCUAUAA